UCUUCGCCUCGUAUAUUAUUGUUAUAGCACGUAGCCAUAUCUUCGAGUUCACUUUUCUUAUAACCCAGUAUUCAAAUGGUUUUCUCGUAAGGUCUUGUUCAUCCAUAGACCAUUUGGAUCUUAAUCUCUGGAGGACCUGCAGUAUAGCCUCUAUAGAGUCCUUAUGUUGAGAAACAGCAUCUUCUAGCUCUUGGAAGAGAUUUAAUUGCUGGCGCUGGUUCAUGCCGCCACGUUCAGCAGCAACAGCAGAAAUUGGGAGUCGUGCCAGAGUAGAGUGGUGGCCAGUGCGGGCGCGGCGAGCGGCAGACGUCAUGGCGGAGCGCGCGGCGCGCGAAUUCUUCUUUGGCGUGCGAAGCGCCGGCAUUUUAUUCAAAAAAAAAAAAAAUAGAGAGAGAGAGAAGGGGGGGAGGCUGGAGCCAAUUGAUGUUGUAUAUCAAAGGAAGAAAGAAGGAAAAGAAGGAAGAAGGAAGAAAGAAGUCCAGCUCUUACUACACACUGAGCACCCCGGCCCCGCCACUCCUGCUGCGGCCACUGCCGCCACGUGCGAGAAAAGUCCUGCGCGCGCUGCCCUUACAGGCAAUGAAGAUACCACGCGCGCUGCCACAAAUGGUGAAGAACCCCUCCGCGCCGCCAACAAUGGCGAAGAAGAGCCUGCCACCCGCGAGCCCGAGCCCGCCGCCACCCCCUCCAAAGCUCGGAAGGAGCGUCUGGCCGUUGGUCGCGGUCCUGUUGGCGCGCGCCGCGCUGUGGCUUGUUUGGGUUGUGUGCGUUCUGCUGUGGCCGGCAAGUCGCUCGGCGACUGUCACGAUCAGCCCGGGGCCAUUCCUGGGGUUGGUCGCUGCUGGCGCUGCGCUUCGGGGCAUAGCUGCAUGCCGGUGCCUGCUGCAGUUGCGCCGAGCGCCGCGGCGCUACUUGCUGGGCUCGCGGCCGAUCCUGCUCUGUCUGUGGCGAAGAGGAACCGCCUGCGCGGUUAUGUCCGCGACGCUCUUGCAGUUGCCGACAAGAAGCCUGGUGGCUCGUCGUCUGCUCCCGCACCCACCAACGACCUCGCUGCCGCUCCUGGCUUUGGAGCUCCUGUGCCUCUUUCUGGUUUCGGCGCUCCUGUGUCUCUCUCCGCUGUCGCCUUCGGGCAAUUCGGUGCUCCCUCGCCCUUUGGGGCUCACGUCCUUGGGAGCUUUGCCGCUCCUCCUCCUCCCGCCCAGGGAGCACAACUCGGUGCGCUCCUGGCGCAGCUUGGUGGCCUGCUCGCGCCCUCUCCUGGCGGUCCGUCGGUUCUCGCGCGCCGCGCGAUGAUUAUGGCAAUUCUUGGCCAGGUGGUGGAUUCGCUGCUGGAGUGAUCGUGGGUGGAAUUUUCUGGGGGAGUUUGGGGGUGGCAUUGGUAGAUAAGGGGGGGAGUUAGGGUGAGAGCUUGGGAACGACGCCCACUAAUAUGAAACCGUUCUCCGCGCUCUGCCUUGUUCCUUGCUGUACUCGUAGACUAAUGUACAGCCCCUUCCCGCUCUGGCCAUUAUUUUGGCUGUAUCUGUAUUUAGUGUGAGCACGAGAGAAGGGCAAUGAACGAUCGCGCUCAUCGUCUUUUUAAAGGGGUUGCUCUGAGGAACUCUGCACUGCCUGUUUGUAGGCGUUUGCAAGGGUGUUUGCGAUUGCAAACAUGGGAUUGUUAGAUUACAAAUGGAAUUGUACAAAUGAAAGACGCUCGAUAGAGCAUAUAAAUGUGUGUACAAGCUUACAAAGGACUGUUCUCAAGCUCGCAUGUGUCCUUAAGGUUAAGGAGAGCACGGAAAUGCUUGAACUUAUGCCUUGGAAGGUUCUUUGUAAGCCCGUCGGCUGGCAUAUCAGCUGUUGGGAGAUAGGCGAUCUCGAAACUGCCAGCCUGGUGCUCCUGACGGAGCCACAUAUUUUGAAUAUCUACGU